CAUCAAGUGACGGGAGGGCGCGCGCGCGCGGCCUCGCCCUUAAACACUGCCGAUUUCUUGUCAGACCUGUCUCCACAGACAGCGGUCUCCACAGACCGAUUGCAUCCUAGCCUGACGGGGCCGUUGCCGCGGCCUUGAGAUUGAUCCAGAAAACAUGGCCACUGCAAUUAGGGAGGUGGGAGUUUGGAGACAGACCAGAACACUCCUACUGAAGAAUUAUCUAAUUAAAUGCAGAACUAAAAAAAGUAGUGUUCAGGAAAUUCUUUUUCCACUAUUUUUUUUAUUUUGGUUAAUAUUAAUUAGCAUGAUACAUCCAAAUAAGAAAUACGAAGAAGUGCCUGAUGUAGAACUUAACCCCAUGGACAAAUCUAUCCUCUCUAACCUAAUUCUUGGGUAUACUCCUGUGACUAAUAUUACAAGAAACAUCAUGCAAAAAGUGUCUACUGAUCACCUUCCUGAUGUCAUAAUUACUGAAGAAUAUACAAAUGAAAAAGAAUUGAUAGCAUCCAGUCUUUCUAAGCCCACCAACUUUGUAGGUGUGGUUUUCAAAGAUUUCAUGUCCUAUGAACUUCGUUUUUUUCCUGACAAGAUUCCAGUAUCUUCUAUUUAUAUGGAUUCAAGAGCUGGCUGUUCAAAAUCAUGUGAGGCUGCUCAGUACUGGUCCUCAGGAUUCACAGCUUUACAAGCAUCUAUAGAUGCCACCAUUAUAGAGUUGAAGACCAAUGUUUCUCUUUGGAAGGAGCUGGAGUCAACUAUAGCUAUUAUUAUGGGAGAAGCUGCUGUUGUAGAAAUAGAUACCUUUCCCCGAGGAGUAAUUUUAAUAUACCUAGUUAUAGCAUUUUCACCUUUUGGAUACUUUUUGGCAAUUCAUAUUGUAGCAGAAAAAGAGAAAAAAUUAAAAGAGUUUUUAAAGAUAAUGGGACUUCAUGAUACUGCCUUUUGGCUUUCCUGGGUGCUUCUGUAUACAAGUUUGAUUUUUCUUAUGUCCCUUCUUAUGGCAGUCAUUGCAACAGCCACUUCAUUAUUCCCUCAAAGUAGCUGCUUUGUGAUAUUUCUACUGUUUUUCCUGUAUGGGUUAUCAUCUGUAUUUUUUGCUUUAAUGCUGACGCCUCUUUUUAAAAAAUCAAAACAUGUGGGAAUAGUUGAAUUUUUAGUCACUGUGGCUUUCGGAUUUAUUGGUCUUUUGAUAGUCCUCAUGGAAAGUUUUCCCAAAUCAUUAGUGUGGCUUCUGAGUCCUUUCUGUCAGUGUACUUUUUUGAUUGGUAUUGCGCAGGUCAUGCAUUUAGAAGAUUUUAAUGAAGGUGCUUUGUUUUCUAAUUUGACUGAAGGCCCAUAUCCUCUAAUUAUUACUCUUACCAUGCUAGCGCUUAAUAGUAUAUUUUACAUCCUCUUGGCUGUCUAUCUUGACCAAGUCAUUCCAGGUGAAUUUGGUUUACGGAGAUCAUCUUUAUAUUUUCUGAAGCCAUCAUAUUGGUCAAAGAGCAAAAGAAAUUAUAAGGAGUUACCAGAAGGCAAUGUGAAUGGGAGUAUUAGUUUUAGUGAAAUUGUUGAGCCUGUUUCUUCAGAGUUUCUAGGGAAAGAAGCUAUCAGAAUCAGUGGUAUUCAGAAGACAUACAGAAAGAAAAGUGAAACUGUGGAGGCUUUGAGAAACUUGUCAUUUGACAUAUAUGAGGGUCAGAUUACUGCAUUACUUGGCCACAGUGGAACAGGAAAGAGUACAUUGAUUAAUAUUCUUUGUGGACUAUGCCCACCCUCUGAUGGAUUUGCAUGUAUAUAUGGACACAGAGUCUCAGAAAUAGAUGAAAUGUUGGAAGCAAGAAAAAUGAUUGGCGUUUGUCCACAAUUAGAUAUACACUUUGAUGUUCUGACAGUAGAAGAAAAUUUAUCAAUUUUGGCUGCAAUCAAAGGAAUACCAGCCAACAAUAUAAUUCAAGAAGUGCAGAAGGUUUUACUGGAUUUAGACAUGCAGGCCAUCAAAGAUAACCAAGCUAAAAAGUUAAGUGGUGGUCAAAAAAGAAAGCUGUCUUUAGGAAUUGCUGUUCUUGGGAAUCCUAAGAUACUGCUGCUAGAUGAACCAACAGCUGGAAUGGACCCCUGUUCUCGCCAUAUUGUUUGGAAUCUUCUGAAAUACAGAAAAUCCAGCCGGGUGACGGUGUUUAGUACUCAUUUCAUGGAUGAAGCUGACAUUCUUGCUGAUAGGAAAGCUGUCAUAUCACAAGGAAUGUUGAAAUGUGUUGGUUCUUCAAUUUUUCUCAAAAGUAAAUGGGGAAUUGGCUACCGUCUGAGCACGUACAUAGACAAAUACUGUGCCACAGAAUCUCUUUCUUCAAUAGUUAAACAGCAUAUACCUGGAGCUACUUUAUUACAACAGAAUGACCAACAACUUGUAUACAGCUUGCCUUUCAAGGAUAUGGAUAAAUUUUCAGAUUUGUUUUCUGCUCUAGACACUCAUUCUAGUUUGGGUGUUAUUUCUUAUGGUGUUUCCAUGACGACUUUGGAAGAUGUAUUCUUAAAGCUAGAAGUUGAAGCAGAAAUUGACCAAGCAGAUUACAGUGUGUUUACUCAGCAGCCACCAGAGGAAGAAAUGGAUUCAAAAUCUUUUGAUGAAAUGGAGCAGAGCUUACUUAUUCUUUCUGAAACCCAGGCUUCUGUAGUGAGCACCAUGAGCCUGUGGAAACAGCAGGUGUCUACAAUAGCAAAGUGUCAUUUCCUUACCUUGAAACGUGAAAGUAAAUCAGUGAGAUCAGUGUUGCUUCUGCUUUUAAUUUUUUUUGCAGUUCAGAUUUUUAUGUUUUUGGUACAUCACUCUUUUAAAAAUGCAGUGGUUCCCAUCAAACUUGUUCCAGACUUAUAUUUCCUAAAACCUGGAGAUAAACCACAUAAAUACAAAACAAAUCUGCUUCUUCAAAAUUCUGCUGGCUCAGAUAUUAGUGAUCUUAUUAGCUUUUUCGCAAACCAGAACAUAAUGGUGACAAUGUUUAAUGACAGUGACUACGUAUCUGCUGCUCCCCAUAGUGCAGCUUUAAAUGUGGUGCAUUCAGAAAAGGACUAUAUAUUUUCAGCUGCCGUCAACAGUACUAUGGUUUAUUCUUUACCUGUGUUGAUGAAUAUCAUUAGUAACUACUAUCUUUAUCAUUUAAAUGUGACUGAAAGCAUCCAGAUCUGGAGUACCCCAUUCUUUCAAGAAGUUACUGACAUAGUUUUUAAAGUUGAGUUGUAUUUUCAAGCAGCUUUGCUUGGGAUCAUUGUCACUGCAAUGCCACCAUAUUUUGCCAUGGAAAAUGCAGAGAAUCAUAAGAUCAAAGCUUAUACUCAGCUUAAACUUUCAGGUCUUUUUCCAUCGGCAUAUUGGAUUGGACAAGCUAUCAUUGAUAUCCCCUUAUUUUUUAUUGUUCUUGUUUUGAUGCUAGGAAGCUUAUUUGCAUUUCAUUAUGGAUUAUAUUUUUAUGCUGUAAAGUUCCUUUCUGUGAUUUUUUGCCUUGUUGCCUAUGUUCCAUCAGUUAUUCUGUUUACCUAUGUUGCUUCUUUCACGUUUAAAAAAGUUUUAAAUACCAAAGAAUUCUGGUCAUUUAUCUAUUCUGUGACUGCCUUGGCUUGCGUUGCAAUCACUGAAAUAACUUUCUUUAUGGGAUAUACGAUUACAGCUACUCUUCAUUAUACUUUUUGCAUAGUCAUUCCAAUCUAUCCACUUCUAGGUUGCCUGAUUUGUUUUAUAAAGAUUUCUUGGAAGAGUAAACAGAAAAAUGAGGACACCUAUGAUCCAUGGGAUAGGCUUUUGGUGGCUGUUGUAGCGCCUUACUUGCAGUGUGUACUGUGGAUUUUCCUCUUACAAUACUAUGAGAAAAAAUAUGGAGGCAGAUCAAUAAGAAAGGAUCCCUUCUUCAGGACCUUUUCAACAAAGUCUAAAAAUAGGAAGUUUCCAGAAUCACCAAACAAUGAAGAUGAAGAUGAAGAUGUCAAAGCUGAAAGAUUAAAAGUCAAAGAGCUAAUGAAUUGCCAGUGCUGUGAAGAGAAACCAGCUAUUAUGGUCAGCAAUUUGCAUAAGGAAUAUGAUGACAAGAAAGAUUUUCUUACAAGAAAAGUAAAGAAAGUGGCAACUAAAUAUGUUUCUUUCUGUGUGAAAAAAGGUGAGGUCCUGGGACUGUUGGGCCCAAAUGGGGCAGGCAAAAGCACAAUUAUUAAUAUUCUGGUUGGUGAUAUUGAACCAACAUCAGGCCAGAUAUUUCUAGGAGGUUAUUCUUCGGACCUGGCUGAAGAUGAUGACUCCACUAAGUGUGUGGGAUACUGUCCUCAGAUGAACCCACUAUGGCCAGAUAUUACAUUGCAGGAACAUUUUCAGAUUUAUGGAGCUGUGAAAGGAAUGAGUGAAAGUGACAUGAAAGAAGUCAUAAAGAGAAUUGCAAAUGCGCUUGAUUUAAAAGAACAUCUUCAGAAAACUAUAAAGAAAAUUCCUGCAGGAAUCAAGCAAAAGUUGUGUUUUGCUCUAAGUAUGCUGGGAAAUCCUCAGAUUACUCUGCUAGAUGAACCAUCUACAGGUAUGGAUCCUAAAGCCAAACAGCACAUGUGGCAAGCAAUUCGAACUGCAUUUAAAAACAAAAAGCGAGCUGCUAUUCUAACCACUCACUAUAUGGAGGAGGCAGAGGCUGUCUGUGACCGAGUCGCUAUUAUGGUAUCUGGGCAGUUAAGAUGUAUCGGGACAGUACAACAUCUAAAGAGUAAAUUUGGAAAAGGCUACUUUUUGGAAAUUAAAUUGAAGGACUGGAUAGAACACCUAGAGGUAGAACGCCUUCAAAGAGAAAUUCAGUGUAUUUUCCCAAAUGCAAGCCGUCAGGAAAGCUUUUCUUCUAUUUUGGCUUAUAAAAUUCCCAAGGAAGAUGUUCAGUCUCUUUCACAGUCUUUUUCUAAGCUGGAAGAAGCUAAACAUACUUUUGCCAUUGAGGAAUACAGCUUUUCUCAAGCAACAUUGGAACAGAUUUUUGUAGAACUCACUAAGGAACAAGAGGAAGAAGAUAAUAGUUGUGGAACUUUAAACAGCACACUUUGGUGGGAAAGAACACAGGAAGACAGAGUAAUAUUUUGAACUCGUGUUGCUCCAAUCUGCCUGUUGAACUUAUUUCUUCUUUGCUUAACUUUGGUUUUACAGUUUUAUUAUUUGAAUAGUAGCUGGAGAACCAUGAAAGAUUUUGGGAUAAAGAAAAUACUCAUUUCACUCGAUUUACUAAGCUACUUAAUUGAAAUGCUGUGGUUAUGGGUUUUGCUUUCUUUAAAUAAAAUUUAAGUAUAAUUAAUUGAAACUGCAUGUUUGUACCUGAAGUAUAUUGAACUGUAAUCUGUGUGUCGAGUAGAGUAUUUAUUUUUUCACCUUUCAAAAACAGCUUUUGAAUUUAUGAUUUAAAGGAUUAAUGAUAGAAUAAUUUUAUUUUGAAAUCAUUUUUUAAAUUUUAUAGUGGUUUCUCACAUAAAUAUGUAAUUCACAAUCUGAAUAAAACACUAAUGUAUAGAUAAUACAUAGAAAACACACAUAAUAUGAAAGUUUCUUGCUUCUCCUUUUUAAUGUCUAAAGGAAACUGAAUGAAAAUUGGCAUCCUUAAAGCUAAAACAUAAACACGAGACGAUCUCAACGCAGGUAGAGGUUUACAGGCAGUGACAUCCACUAGGGGGCACUCAUCAAUCAUAGAAAAGAAAUGAGACCUUGUUCUGUUAGGUGAUUUUAGACAUAGGUAACUUAGGUAUUUGAAGUUUCACUUCUUUUGCUUACAAUAAAAUUUGGAGGUGUUUUGAUUAAUAUAACUAAAGUAAGACUAGUAUCUUACUACUUAAGGUUCAGAUUCUUUGACUUUUUGUGGCUAGAAUAGCAAACAUCUAAAGAGGUGGAAGGAAGAAUUAAGCCAUACCUCCUCUCCCACCCCUCAUGGAAAAUAAAAUUUUUUUUUAGCAUCUUCCUACGAAGGGCACAUUUUAUUUUAUUCUUUGAAUAAAAUAAUUUGUUGGGUAGUCAUUUUUAUUGGUAAACUUCAUUAUUUGAAUAUCCUUUUCCUCUGUAGAACAUAAAGUACAUUAUGUCACUGCAUAGAUUUACUUAGGAGCGCACCUCGAAGUUGCUUUGGAACAUGGUAGGUUAUAAAAAACCAGACUUUUGGGGAUUAAAUUAAGAAUUAAAAGUAAAAUAUACAUAAUUCCCUUUAAUAAGAAACCAAAAAUUUUACCCUGUGACACAGCUGAAGUAAGAUUAUGGUUAAUAAUAAUUAAUGUCAUCUUAGAAAUACUUCCUUGUAGAAUCCAUGUAUGGACUAUAGGCAUAAUACAGUACAAACAAUAUCAGUAUACAUUAUAUUUCAACCAGAUGAAUGAAAGUACAAACUUGAAAAACGAAUAAAUUAAGAGUGUGAUUGUUGCAUUACAAAGUUUUAAAGAGAAACAGUGGAAAGUUUUGGUACUGAGUUACUUUAAAUUGCCAAUCCCUUUAAUGAAGUUAUUAUUUAAUGUAGACAAAACUUAAUGAACUUUUAGCUGUAUAAAGAAUAAAGAAGACAGUAAUGAAGGCAUCUGUGAUUUUAGGCUCUAGCAGCUGAUUGAAAAUAGUAUUAUUAUUCUCAGUACAAGGUACAUGACUCGUAUUUUCUCCCGUUGCUUUGGCAAUUGCUGUGUACGUUCCUAAAGACAGCUUUUUGACCAGCUAUCUCAGGGGUCUUCUCACUAAUCCAAGUGAGACAAGCUUCUGCAUCGAUUUUAUAACCUAUGGUGGCACUAUUUCUCAGUGUAAGAUUUAAUUGUACUAUUUUUAAAUCAUUGUUAUUUACUUGCCUCAUGAUAGCAAACUAAUUUCAAAUUCUUCACCUGAGACUCUCUUUUAUAUCUUUAGCUAAGGACUACUGUAUGCUGCAUAUAAUGCAAGACACAGUUGAAAGAAAAUCUUUAGCUUUGUACAUAAAUUGUUGUUGCUGUAGGGUGCCAUCAAGUCAAUUCUGACUCAUAGCGACCCUGUGAACAACAGAACGAAACACUGCCCGGUCCUGCACCAU